ACUGGCAGUGUGGAGAGUGGGGUUACUGGUGAAGUCCAGUCUGCACACAAGAACUUGUUUUAUCAAACAAAACGUCCAUUUUCUGUUUACUGGUUUACUGAUUAAACCCAGAUUCGGGUGUUAAAAUGGAGUGCUUGGCUAAUGUGGCUAAUUUGCUCUCCCAGCACAGGAAAGCUGCUCUGUACGUUGCAGGAACCAGCGUGGCGCUGCUGGGACUGGGACUGGGCUACAGAUACCUGUACAAACAGAAGAAGUUCACACAGGUCGGAGUCGUCUCUCAGCUGCUGCUUCACCCUCUCAAAUCCGGGAAGGCGGUGCAGGUGGAGGCGGCGGAGUGUCUGAAAUUGGGCCUGAAAUGCGGAGAAAUGGGGGAUCGCCACUGGCUCGUCAUUACAGAAGAUGGCCACAUGGUGACAGGAAGACAGCAGCCUCGCUUGGUUCUGGUGUCACUGACCUGUGAGGGUGGUCAGCUCUGCCUCAAUGGUCCUGACAUGAAGGAGUUAAGGGUUCCCCUCCACGAACCCUGCAACCCUAUCUACAAGUGCAGAAUCUUUAGUUUAGACACUGAAGGCAGAGACUGUGGGGAUGAAGUGUCCAGAUGGUUCACUCGUUAUUUCGCAGAUGAUAAGACCUAUCGCCUGGUGCACUUUGAGCCCCACCUGAUGGCUAGAAAGCCGGCUGAGAAAGAACCUGCCUUUCCCAAAGAUGAAAAGGUGGCGUACCCAGAUGCGGCUCCUAUCAUGCUGAUGUCGGAGGCCUCAGUAAGGGAUGUGGGGAGCAGACUUGAUCGAGACAUUUCUGUUCGCCAGUUCCGGCCUAGCAUUGUGGUCAGUGACUGUGAGGCUUUUAAUGAGGACACGUGGCAUUAUUUGCAGAUUGGACAGGUGGAGAUCAAGCGCGUCAUCGGCUGCGGAAGGUGUAUUUUCACCACUGUCGAUCCUGAAACUGGAGUCAUUACUAGGAAAGAGCCACUUGAUACUCUCAGAACUUAUCGGCCAGCUCUGCCAUCCUCUAAAACUGCACCAGUACUUGGCCAGUACUACAUAGUGAAGAAGACUGGAGUCCUUCAUGUUGGUGAUCCUGUCUUUAAAGUUACAUACUAAGAUGAUGGAUCUAUAAAGGUCAUCAAAUAAUAAUUCACAUAUGUGUACAGACAGUAAUUCAUAAAGCAAUUUUAACUGCAAAUCUUUUGUCUACCAUUGUAGUGACAUUCUACUAAAUAAUUAGCAAUAUAUUGGAGUUAGAUUCACAGGACAAGUGGUGUUUCAUGUUUUCCUGCUGUGACACUUUUUAUGGCUCCCGGAGAACCUGAUCGUUACCUUAGGUGCAGUAAGACAGGAAAUAAUGUCUAACACUGUAGGAUAUACAGUGAUGUUAAUUAUCAUGUAAAUGAUCUGAUAGUCCAAUAAUGAUCCAAGGCAUUUAAUUUCGUACCCUGUAAGCCAGACAUGGUCUAAUUACAAAUAACACUACUUGUCAGAUCUUUCUGCUAACAAAUAACACAAUUCUGGUGUUUGUGUACUUGUGGUGUUUCUGUGAGCUUUGGCAGAACCUGACAAAUCAUGAGAGUAAUAAUCUGUGAAAGGAUAUUAAACAAUCAGCUGUGGAAAUCAUAAAUAUAUAUAUAUAAUAAUCUUGUUUAAAAAUUGUAGAUUGUCCAGUUAACAAAGUUUUUAUAAUUUCCACUAUUCAUUAAGUCAGAGAAUCUUAAAGGUAUUAAGCUAAACAAAAUUAAGUGCCUUGAUUUACUUUUCACUGUGUAUUAUUUGAUCUGUCACACAAUCAUUUUUAUUAUCACUGGAAAACAGAUAUGCUAUAUAUGUAUAUAUAUAUAAUGAUAGUUUAGGGCUGCGCAAUAUUGGAAAUAAUUAGAUUGUGACUUUUUUCAGCAAGUUGUGGUAAUUGCUCUCUAAUUAUCCAAGAUUGGUGUAUAAUAAAUCAAAUCGGGCAGAUAUAAUCUGCAUUUCGUAGAUAUGCCAAGGAAAAUGAGAAUAGAGUAAAUUUUCAUUUUGAUUUAAGCUGCAAAACAUUGUUCCAUUUAUUUACAUUUGCCUUACUGAAUUAUUGUGUAUUUUGCGAGGAUUAUGCUGAAACAAUAUAUUAUGCAACACUAAUAUAUAUGACGUAAAUGUAGUAUUUAUAACAGAUGACAUAAUUGAUGUUUUUAAACAGUGUUAGUAUAAUUUUGAUGUAUGUCUGUUGUGGAAGCCUCAAAUCCACAUUUCUUGCACUUUUCUAAUCAGUUUGAUAAAGCUAUAAUUGAUAGAAA